CCUUGACUCGAUGUUCCUACAGAAUAUGUGGUUGAAUUUGAGGACCAAGAAUUGAAGGAGAGCGGUUGGGAAGAGCUGAAGAGAGUAAAUGGGAACAAGAAGCAUGCUAGCCUCUCCCUGUGGCCCUACAUGUCCUACCGUUUCCGGGUCAUUGCCAUCAAUGAUGUGGGCAAAAGUGACCCCAGCAAGCCAUCUGAAAUCCACAAUACACUUGCAGAAGCCCCAGACAAUAACCCUGAAGACGUUAAGAGUGAGUCAGGAGACCCACAUACUCUGGUCAUCACUUGGCAGGAAAUGGAAAAACGUGAAUUCAAUGGGCCUGACUUCAAGUACAGAGUGAUGUGGAGGAAAGUGUUGGGCAGUGGCCCCAACUGGCAUUCUAACUACACAACAACACCGUCUUUUAUUGUGAAUGAUGUUGGCAACUUCUCUGCCUUUGAGAUCAAAGUUCAGGCUAUCAACGAGAAAGGGGAGGGACCUCAACCAGACCCAGUCAUUGGCUUCUCAGGAGAAGAUGGUGAAAUAUUUUAAAAGAGUUGC